GCGGUGUCGGCCUACGCCCCCAGAGUCAUCCGGCUGUCGCUGGCGGUUGCGCGGUUUGUGUGGGCUAGGUGAGGGCGGGGAGGCCUGGCUGUCUAGAUCUCUGACAGGUGAGGCGGGGGACGCAGAAGUCCAGCCGCCCUCUCAUGCAGCGGAGUCCGAAACAGGCCUACCAGUCAGUUCUUAUUUCUCUUGGGUGUUUCCAUGCUCCACCAUGUUAAGAGCUAAGAAUCAGCUUUUUUUACUUUCACCUCAUUACCUGAAGCAGGUAAAAGAAUCAUCAGGCUCCAGGCUCAUACGGCAACGAUUUCUACACCAGCAACAGCCCCUUCACCCAGAAUGGGCUGCCCUGGCUAAAAAGCAGCUGAAAGGCAAAAACCCAGAAGACCUAAUAUGGCACACCCCGGAAGGAAUCUCUAUAAAACCCUUGUAUUCCAAGAGAGAUACUACGGACUUACCUGAAGAACUUCCAGGAGUGAAGCCAUUCACACGUGGACCAUAUCCUACCAUGUAUACCUUUAGGCCCUGGACCAUCCGCCAGUAUGCUGGUUUUAGUACUGUGGAAGAGAGCAAUAAGUUCUAUAAGGACAAUAUUAAGGCUGGUCAGCAGGGAUUAUCAGUUGCCUUUGAUCUGGCGACACAUCGUGGCUAUGAUUCAGACAACCCUCGAGUUCGUGGUGAUGUUGGAAUGGCUGGAGUUGCUAUUGACACUGUGGAAGAUACCAAAAUUCUUUUUGAUGGAAUUCCUUUAGAAAAAAUGUCAGUUUCCAUGACUAUGAAUGGAGCAGUUAUUCCAGUUCUUGCAAAUUUUAUAGUAACUGGAGAAGAACAAGGUGUACCUAAAGAGAAACUUACUGGUACCAUCCAAAAUGAUAUUCUAAAGGAAUUUAUGGUUCGAAACACAUACAUUUUUCCUCCAGAACCAUCCAUGAAAAUUAUUGCUGACAUCUUUCAAUAUACGUCAAAGCACAUGCCAAAAUUUAAUUCAAUUUCAAUUAGUGGAUACCAUAUGCAGGAAGCAGGGGCUGAUGCCAUUCUGGAGCUGGCCUAUACUUUAGCAGAUGGAUUGGAGUACUCUAGAACUGGACUCCAGGCUGGCCUGACAAUUGAUGAAUUUGCACCAAGGUUGUCUUUCUUCUGGGGAAUUGGAAUGAAUUUCUAUAUGGAAAUAGCAAAGAUGAGAGCUGGUAGAAGACUCUGGGCUCACUUAAUAGAGAAAAUGUUUCAGCCUAAAAGUUCAAAAUCUCUUCUUCUAAGAGCACAUUGUCAGACAUCGGGAUGGUCACUUACUGAGCAGGAUCCUUACAAUAAUAUUGUCCGUACUGCAAUAGAAGCAAUGGCAGCAGUAUUUGGAGGGACUCAGUCUUUGCACACAAAUUCUUUUGAUGAAGCUUUGGGUUUGCCAACUGUGAAAAGUGCUCGAAUUGCCAGGAACACACAAAUUAUCAUUCAAGAAGAAUCUGGAAUUCCCAAAGUGGCUGAUCCUUGGGGAGGUUCCUACAUGAUGGAAUCUCUCACAAAUGAUGUUUACGAUGCUGCUUUAAAGCUCAUUAAUGAAAUUGAAGAAAUGGGUGGAAUGGCCAAAGCUGUAGCUGAGGGAAUACCUAAACUUCGAAUUGAAGAAUGUGCUGCCCGAAGACAAGCUAGAAUAGAUUCUGGUUCUGAAGUCAUCGUUGGAGUAAAUAAGUACCAGUUGGAAAAAGAAGACGCCGUAGAAGUUCUGGCAAUUGAUAAUACUUCAGUGCGAAACAGGCAGAUUGAGAAACUUCAGAAGAUCAAAUCCAGCAGGGAUCAAGCUUUGGCUGAACGUUGUCUUGCUGCACUAACCGAAUGUGCUGCUAGCGGAGAUGGAAAUAUCCUGGCUCUUGCAGUAGAUGCAUCUCGUGCAAGAUGUACAGUGGGAGAAAUCACAGAUGCUCUGAAAAAGGUAUUUGGUGAACAUAAAGCGAAUGAUCGAAUGGUGAGUGGAGCAUAUCGCCAGGAAUUUGGAGAAAGUAAAGAGAUAACAUCUGCUAUCAAGAGGGUUCAUAAAUUCAUGGAACGUGAAGGUCGCAGACCUCGUCUUCUUGUAGCAAAAAUGGGACAAGAUGGCCAUGACAGAGGAGCAAAAGUUAUAGCUACAGGAUUUGCUGAUCUUGGUUUUGAUGUGGACAUAGGCCCUCUUUUCCAGACUCCUCGUGAAGUGGCCCAGCAGGCCGUGGAUGCAGAUGUGCAUGCUGUGGGCGUAAGCACCCUUGCUGCUGGUCAUAAAACCCUAGUUCCUGAACUCAUCAAAGAACUUAACUCCCUUGGACGGCCAGAUAUUCUUGUCAUGUGUGGAGGGGUGAUACCGCCUCAGGAUUAUGAAUUUCUGUUUGAAGUUGGUGUUUCCAAUGUAUUUGGUCCUGGGACUCGAAUUCCAAAGGCUGCCGUUCAAGUGCUUGAUGAUAUUGAGAAGUGUUUGGAAAAGAAGCAGCAAUCUGUAUAAUUUCCUCUUUUUGUUUUAGCUUUUUUCUAAAAUAUUAUUUUAGUUAUGAUCAAAGAAGAGAGUAAAGGUAUGUCUUCAAUUUAAUUUUAAUACCUGAUUUGUACUUUCCUUGAAAGCUUUACUUUAAAAUACCUUACUUAUAAGCCUGGCGUCAUGCUAUACGUAUGUACAUACAGUUUCACUUCAAAAAUUAAAAAAUAAAAUCUCUAAAACCUCUCUAUAACAAUACUUUAUCAAGAACUCUAGAC